CUGUGGGCGUGGCCGCGCCGGCUCCGUGAGGGGCGCGCGGCGACAGCGGGAUCGGAGGGGGUUUGUCGUGUCCCGUCCCUUCCCGUCCCUUCCCGUCCUGUCCCUCCCGGCAGAAAUGGAUCCCGAAGCCCUUAGAAAAUACUCAGCCUUACAUCCCAAGCCUGCCGGCCUGGCUCUGCAGUAUGGCACUGCUGGGUUUCGCACCAAGGCCCAGCAGCUGGAUCACGUCAUGUUCCGCAUGGGCCUGCUCGCAGUCCUCAGGUCCAAAGCCGUGGCAGCAACUAUUGGUGUCAUGGUUACAGCAUCUCACAACCCUGAGGAAGACAAUGGCAUAAAGCUGGUUGAUCCUCUUGGAGAAAUGCUGCACCCUUCCUGGGAAGAGUAUGCCACACAACUAGCAAAUGCAGAGGAGCAAGAAUUACAGGAAGUGAUAAGUGAGAUCUGCCAAAAAGCAGAAGUGAACCUGCACAAAGAUUCUUUGGUUUUUAUUGGUAGAGACACCAGGCCAAGCAGCGAGAAACUCUCCCAGUCAGUAAUAGAUGGGAUUCUUGUUCUGGGUGGUCAGUACCAUGAUUAUGGUCUGGUGACAACACCACAGCUACAUUACAUGGUCUGCUGUCAAAACACCCAAGGGCAGUAUGGGAAAGCAACACUGGAAGGCUAUUAUGAAAAACUAUCCAAAGCUUUUAUGGAACUGAUAAAACAGUCUCACAGCUCUGGAGAGUGUCAGAGGCACCUGAAGAUUGACUGUGCCAACGGAAUAGGAGCCCUGAAACUAUCAGAAAUGAAGCCCUACUUUCCACAAGAGGUGCUAAUUCACAUAUAUAAUGAUGGAACCAAGGAGAAACUCAAUCAUUUAUGUGGUGCAGAUUUUGUGAAAGUUCAUCAGAAACCACCCAGAGGGCUAGACAUGAAGCCCCAUGAGAGAUGCUGCUCCUUUGAUGGCGAUGCAGAUAGAAUUGUUUAUUACUAUAAGGAUGCAACCGGCCAUUUUCACCUAAUUGAUGGAGAUAAAAUAGCAACUUUAAUUAGUAUCUUCCUUAAAGAACUUCUUGCCAAGGUGAGACAGAACUUCGAGAUGGCCGUGGUACAAACAGCGUAUGCCAAUGGGAGUUCGACACGCUACCUCGAGGAAACACUAAAGGUACCUGUGCACUGUGUCAAAACAGGAGUGAAACACUUGCAUCACAAGGCCCAGGAGUUUGAUGUUGGUGUUUAUUUCGAGGCGAAUGGACAUGGUACAGUAUUAUUUAGUAAAUCUGCUGAAACUAAAAUAAGACAAUUGGUGAAAGAGGAGAAGGAUGAUGAAAAAAGAGAAGCAGCAAAGGUGCUUGAAAACAUGAUUGACCUGAUUAAUCAGACUGUUGGCGAUGCCAUCUCAGACAUGCUGGUUAUUGAAGCAAUCCUGGCCUUGAAAGGUCUGACUGUGCAACAGUGGGAUGCCCUCUACACUGACCUUCCCAAUCGGCUGCUCAAAGUUCAGGUUGCAGACAGGCGUGUUAUUGACACAGCGGAUGCAGAAAGACGCGCGGUUACACCUCCGGGACUGCAGGAGAAAAUUGAUGCCCUUGUAAAGAAGUACAAGUUGUCACGAGCUUUUGUCCGUCCAUCAGGAACAGAGGAUGUCGUUAGAAUAUACGCUGAAGCAGACACACAGGAGAAUGCGGAUGCCCUUGCCCACGAAGUAAGCCUGGCCGUUUACCACCUCGCUGGUGGAAAGGGAGCACCACCCCAGCCUAUAUAACGAAUGAUACAACAGCAGUUAAAUUA